UCCGCAGCCUGACAGCCGGGUUCCCGUCCGACCCGCGCAGCCCAGCCCUGCCCAGCCCUCACAGAUCACCUGUGGUGCAUACAGCCCCCCUCCCAGCCAUGCACUCCCUCCUGUUCCUGGGCAUCUUCUGCCUCCUGCCCAUGACCCUGGCCGCCGAGGUGAAGAAACCUACAUCGCCAGCUGCCCCUGGCACCGCAGAGAAGCUAACCAAGGCGGCCACGUUGGCAGAACGCAGUACUGGUCUGGCCUUCAGCCUGUACGAGGCCAUGGCCAAGGACCAGGCCGUGGAGAACAUCCUGGUGUCACCUGUGGUGGUGGCCUCGUCGCUGGGACUCGUGUCGCUGGGUGGCAAGGCUGCCACAGCAUCGCAGGCGAAGGCAGUGCUGAGCGCCGAGCAGCUGCGUGAUGAGGAGGUGCACGCUGGCCUGGGCGAGCUGCUGCGCUCGCUCAGCAACUCCACGGCGCGCAAUGUCACGUGGAAGCUGGGCAGUCGCCUGUAUGGGCCCAGCUCCGUGAGCUUCGCGGAUGACUUCGUGCGCAGCAGCAAGCAGCACUAUAACUGCGAGCACUCCAAGAUCAACUUCCGCGACAAGCGCAGCGCCCUGCAGUCCAUCAAUGAGUGGGCCUCGCAGACCACUGAUGGCAAGUUGCCCGUCACCAAGGACGUGGAGCGCACGGACGGUGCCCUGCUGGUCAAUGCCAUGUUCUUCAAGCCACACUGGGAUGAGAAGUUUCACCACAAGAUGGUGGACAACCGUGGCUUCAUGGUGACUCGUUCUUACACUGUGGGUGUGACCAUGAUGCACCGGACAGGCCUCUACAACUACUAUGACGACGAGAAGGAGAAGCUGCAGAUCCUGGAGAUGCCCCUGGCCCACAAGCUCUCCAGCCUUAUCAUCCUCAUGCCCCACCACGUGGAGCCGCUUGAGCGUCUCGAGAAGCUGCUGACCAAAGAGCAGCUGAAGGUCUGGAUGGGAAAGAUGCAGAAGAAGGCUGUCGCCAUCUCCCUGCCCAAGGGAGUGGUGGAGGUGACCCACGACCUGCAGAAACAUCUGGCUGGCCUUGGCCUGACAGAGGCCAUCGACAAGAACAAGGCAGACUUGUCCCGCAUGUCGGGCAAGAAGGACCUGUACCUGGCCAGCGUAUUCCAUGCCACUGCCUUUGAGUGGGACACAGAUGGCAACCCUUUUGACCAGGACAUCUACGGACGUGAGGAGCUGCGUAGCCCCAAGCUGUUCUAUGCUGACCACCCCUUCAUCUUCCUGGUGCGAGACACCCAGAGUGGUUCCUUGCUGUUCAUCGGACGCCUGGUCCGGCCCAAGGGUGACAAGAUGCGAGAUGAAUUAUAAGCCCCAAGGUGGGCACAGGAUAGCAGGAGGUGGCCAAAGGCUCCUGAGACACAUGGGUGCUAUUGGGGUGGGGGGAGGUGCCAGUCUUGGAUUCCAUGGGGUGGGGAUGGGAAAGCAGCUAGGGGUUCCCAUGUGACUGAGCGGAUCUUCCCAGCUGGAAUCCACUCCACUUGGACAUGGGCACCAGAUACCAUAAUGCUGAGCCCAGAGACUCCACACCUUGGGACCUGGGCCAUCAAAGUCCUAGAUCCAGCCUGCCUCAACCAGCCAAUCAGUGUUCUAUUUACAGCCAAGUCUUAGCUGUGAGAUAAUCGAGCUGGGGGAAGGAGGAGGUCAGCCUGGGCCUCUUCACUUACCACAGUCACCCCUCUUUGGGUCCUCCCUGACUCUACCAACCACCCCCAACUUUCAACUACAAAACUAGGUGCUGCAGCCCCUGGGACCAGGCACCCCCAGAAUGGCCUUUGGUCCCAGCCCAGUGACAGGGAUUGGGAGACAGUCAUAGAAGGGGCUCCUGGGCAGACCCCCAGUCAAGAAUCAUUGCCUCAGAGAGCAUGGGGAUGAAUUUUUUUGUCUUUUCCUUGUUUAGUUUUUCAAUGAAGGGGAGGGAAGAGGGAACAUGUGCCUUUGUUGCUGUCAAAAUGAGAACUUAUUUGUACAAUGUUUUUUCAAUAAAACUUUUCCAGUGAAAUUUUGUUGGAGAACAGAAGAUUGGAUCCGGAGCUUCCCAUGUUGUUCUCCUCGGGGGACAAAGUCUCUUUUGCAGCCUAUAUCAAGCCCUGGAAUGCUGGCAGAUAACUGUAGACAAUGCAUGUGGCAGGGUGGUGACUAAAGAUACUAUUCUGGGUUAAGCAGCCCUGGAGAGUUUGAGGUUAUAGGGCCCAAAUGACAGUACUGGACUGGGAACCCCAGCCACCCUCAUCCUGCUGUGCAGGGCCCCAGGCAUUCAAGCUGAUUUCAUCCCAGAGGGCCAGAGGGGGUAAAUUCAGUGGGAGCAGGAAGCUUGUGGGAAUCACUGCUCUCUGGUAGCCUGUGUGGCAGGGAGGAGGAAGCCAUACAGUCCCUUCUGAUACCAUCUGCAUAGUUGCCUCUCAUAAUCCUUAGGGCUCUUGACAUCAUUUGUCAGGGACAAGGUGCACAGAACAGGACGCCAGUGGCAAGGGAGGCAGAGGAGCAAAUGGUUUAAGCUCCAUCUCUGCUGCCUACUGGCUGUGACCUUGGACAGGCCACUCCCACUUUCUCCAUUUCUCCUCUGCCAACAAGUCUGCCCUGGGGGUUGUUUGGUCCACAGAAGGUACCUCUACCUGGCCAGGCUAUCCAACAAAGUCCACCAGGUGUGAAUGAGGUUAUAGAAGAGGUGUGUGGCUCCCAUUACUACCACAUGGAAUUUUAGCAAAAUUCAAGAAUCCAGGAUCUGUCCUGUUCUGUGAGUUCAAUAAGUUAGAUCUCCCCCCGCAGUGGCUUUAUCUAAAGGUGGAGA